AUGCAAAUGAGCUGAUUUCUGUGCUAAAUGUCAGUGGUGUGGUUGGAUAGUUCAGAUUAAGGGGCGGUAUUAUUAUAAUAAGAUCCCCUUCUGACAUCACAAGAGAAGCCAAAUUGCAUGACCUAUUUUUUCACAUGCUUGCAGAGAAUGGUUUACCAAAACUAAGUUACUGGGUUGAUCUUUAUCACAUUUAGUUUGAUAGAAGCACUGGGGACCCAAUUAUAGCACUUAAACAUGGAACAAGUAAAAAAUCAUCUUAGUCAUAAACUUUCUUUUCUGUUUGUAUUCUUCAGGUGUGUUUGGUAAUAAAGUGCCAGCGAUGGAGGGUGAAUCUGUUACUCUACAAACUGAUAUUAGGAAACAGAAAGAUGAUUUGAUGGUGUGGUAUUAUGGACCUGAAAACACUUUCAUUGCAAGAGUCAAUGGAAAGCCCAAUAGUACCAUAUUCUCUGAUGAUGAGAGAUUCAGAGACAGACUGCAGAUGAAUGAUCAGACUGGAGAUCUCAUCAUCACAAACAUCACAACUCAACACACUGGAGAUUAUACACUUCAGAUCAGAAGAAACAAUGACAUCACAUAUAAGAAAUUCAAUGUUACAGUCUAUGCUCCUCUGCCCGUACCUGUCCUCAGCAGUAACUCAUCACACAAAUGUUCUUCAUCAUCAAAUUGUUUAUUGUGUUCAGUGUUCAAUGUGAGAGAUGUGAGAGAUGUGAGUCUGUCCUGGUAUAAAGGAAACAGUUUAUUGUCCAGCAUCACUUUGUCUAACCUUAAAACAAGCGCAUCUCUACCUCUGGAGGUUGAAUAUCAGGAUACAAACACAUACAGAUGUGUGGUGAACAAUCACAUCACAAACCAAACUCAACAUCUCAACAUCACUUUCUGUUCAGAUUCUUCUGUCCGGAUGGUCAUUAUAAUUUCAGUUGUAUUUGCUCUUCUGCUCUUUUUGAUCAUCAUCAUCACUGUUGUCUACAAACACAAAAGAGCUCUCAUAGCAAAUAUCAAGAAAACAUUAUAUGCUGAAGUAAUUGAUGAAGAAAGAUCAGGAACUCCAGAUGCACUACUGAAGAAGUAAAUGCACAGCAGAAAAGCUACAUACAUGUUGAUGUGUUACCAGAAAAAUACAUGGACACAUUUUAAAGCAGGCCAGAGUGGGGUUUUUAUCUCAGGAGUCUUGCCAAACAUUUUUUCUUUGUGUGAAAUGUAAGCAUUUGCACUUUAUGGAGGCUGUUUCUCAAUUCCAAGAAUGCAAAGAACGGACUUGCGUUCUCGUGGAGAUUGGUCUUGCCAUGCGAUCUUCGAAGAAGGAACUCAGAAGGUCUCGAGAACACAGAACACACUUGUGAGAAUUGAAAUGUGUGCAAUCUUCUGUUGGUCACCUGACCUCCCCAGAUUUCAAUGCAUUCGAUGCAUCCUCGAUAUCAAGAACUCAUCCGGGUAUUUUCAUGCGUCCUCUGUACUUGCGUUCUUGAGAAUUGGAAUUGAACUUUGACUGUUAAUGAUGACGUAGAGCGAGAACACAAGGACGCAAGAUCGCUGAAGAUUGAGAAACAGCCGGACAUUACAUCUCUCAAGUUGCUCAGUCCUAAGAUGAACAUAAUAAUAUGCAUUAAUAACUUCAUGAAGGAGCUAUCACCUAAAUCAAGUGCAAAUAUAGAGAAUGAGUUUUUCACUGCAUUUUGCGGUUAUCCUUUCUGUAAAAAACUUUCGUUGUUAUGCAA